CCGCGUUCCGGGGUCCGGGCCGCCUGUCUCGCCCUGGGCCGCCGCCGCUGUCACCGCCACGGCCUCCCCAGCCCGGCGCCAUGGCCGCUGCGGCCGGGGACGGCGCGGUGAAGCCGCUGCAGUGCGCCAUGAAGCUGGCCAACGGGGCCAUCGAGCUGGACACCGGCAACCGGCCUCGGGAGGCAUACGUGGAGUACCUGAGGAGCAUCCACUAUAUCUCCCAGGUGCUGCUGGAAGAAGCGGAAACCACCCAAGAAGGUGGAGACACGGUGGCCCCAGACACCUCCAAGAUGCUGAAACUGGCUGAGCAGUGUCUGGAGAGGGCCCAGUCAACAGCUGCCCAGCUCGGGAAAACACACCUGAAGCCAGCUGUGCCCGUGCCUGCUCCGGGCACCUCAUCCACCAGUCGACAUCGCCGGGUGUACUCGGACGAAGGGGGGAAACUAUCUCCAUUUCUGCCGCCCGAGAUCUUCCAGAAGCUUCAGGUGGUAGAGUCACAAGGUUCUAAGAAGGAGCUGACCCCUCUGGAGGAGGCGUCUCUGCAGAACCAGAAGCUGAAGGCCGCCUACGAGGCACGGAUGGCCCGUCUGGACCCCAGCCAGGCCGUGCAGAAGACCUCCCUGACCUUGUCCCUGCAACGACAGAUGCUGGAGAACCUUGUGAUCGCCAAAGCCCGGGAGGAGACACUGCACCGGAAGAUGGAGGAGCGCCGGCUGCGGCUCCAGGAGGCGGCCAACAGGAGGUUCUGCAGUCAAGUCGCCCUGACCCCAGAGGAGCGGGAGCAGCGGGCCCUCUAUGCCGCCAUUCUCGAGUACGAGCAAGACCACGUGAGUGCCGGGAGCCGAGGCCGGGGCUGCCACAGGUUGCUAUUCCCGGGGCCUGUUGGCCUUGGGUCUUCCCGACGCCCCAGGGAGAGCGUGGACAGUGUGGCACUGGUCUUCUCGGGGGCAGCCUUGGUGGGGAAGCAUGCAGGGAUCCAGCCAUGCUCUCCAAAGUCUUCUGCCCCGCAGGACUGGCCGAAGCACUGGAAGGCCCGGCUCAAGAAAAGCCCAGGGGACCUGUCGCUCGUGACCAGCCUGGUCUCCCACCUGCUCAGCAUCCCCGACCACCCCAUCUCGCAGCUCCUGAAGAAGCUCCAGUGUGCGGUGUACCAGACGCUGUACCCCCUCGUCAGCAGGGCCGCUGUAGGCGCCGCCCCCACCCCCGGCUGCUGCUCUCUGCCCCCGGAUGCCGACGGGUUGCUGGCCCCUGGAAGCCGGCGACUCCGGCCCUCGCACAGCCUCUACUGCAUGCUCUCCCCUGCGGAGCCCAGCCCGGCCCCGCGGCCCCCAGAGGGAACCCACGCCAGUCCCCCGGUGCCCCCUCCUCACGCCGGUGCCCCAGACAGAGGGCCGGACAGCAGCCCCGCGGGGCCCUCCUCGCCCCUGGCUCACAGCUGGACCGGUGUGCAGGGCAAAGACAGCUCCUUUGAGGACCUCGAACACUUCUUGGCUACUUCUGAGGGGUGGGGCCGGGGGCGAGGGUGGCCACCUGAGCCCCAGACGACGGGCGUGAAGAAGGAGCCGCUGCAGGAGCAGCUGAAGAGCACCGUGAAGGACAUACACGAUGCCAUCGACAGGCUGCUCUCGCUGACCCUCCUGGCUUUCGAAGGCCUGAAUGCAACCGCCUCCAAGGACCGAUGCCUGGCCUGCAUCGAGGAGCCCUUCUUCUCCCCACUCUGGCCCCUGCUGCUGGCGCUCUAUAGGAGUGUGCACCGCCUCCGGGAGGCCGCCCUGAGCCGGAGCAUGGAACUCUACCGGCACGCGUCCCCCGCCGCCGUGGGCGUUCCCAGGAAGCUCCUCCCCCGGGACCUGGAGGCCUCGGGCGCCGGCGCUUACCCGUACUGCGCGGCGGCCCGAGAGCUGGGCCUGCUGGUCCUGGAGAGCUGCCCGCAGAAGAAGCUGGAGUGCAUCGUGCGCGUGCUCCGGGUCAUCUGCGCCUGCGCCGAGGAUUACUGCCGCGCCCAGGAGGCCGCCCCGGAGGCCAGACCCCUGCUGGGAGCCACGGCCAUCGGUGCCGAUGACCUGCUUCCCAUCUUGUCCUUUGUGGUGCUGAGAAGUGGCCUCCCCCAGUUGGUGUCGGAGUGCGCAGCCCUGGAGGAGUUCAUCCAUGAGGGGUACCUGAUUGGAGAGGAGGGCUACUGCCUGACCUCGCUGCAGAGCGCCCUGAACUACGUGGAGCUGCUGCCCCGAGGGGCUCUGGGCAAGUAGAGGAGGACACGACCCGCUGAGGACCGUCCAAGAGUCACCCGCUCUUGGGGGGCAGUAUGCCAGCUGUGCUGGGGCUCUGCUCCUCUCACACCUGCCCUAACCUGAUAACUGUCCCCAGGGACCUAAUGAGACACCUCUGUUCCUCAGAGGACAGAGCUGAGCUCAACCAGCUCCUAGGAAGUAGGCCUGAGAGGCUCCAUGCUGGAGCGGCAAACACUGGACUCCCCUGGGACCCGCACAGCACCACCCCCCCGGCCAUCUCCAUGGUCGGGAGGGGACCCUGGGCCUGGCAGAGGGCAGGUGUGGUUUCUCUCCUUCCCGUUCCCUGUGACAGUGAGUUUCCAGCACCGGUGUCUGGUUAGAGUCAAGAAGAGGACCUGUCCCCACCCAUGGGAUCCACGUGGUUUGCAACCAUACUAUUUACUACUGGGCACUGAUCACUCCAUUCUUCCCUGGAGCCCAGGGACACCCAGGGCUCCCACCUGUGUCUGGGGCCUCUGAGCUGCUCCAGCCCUUGGUGUGGUAAGCACUGGACUUGCGGGGACCCCUGGCCACUUUCCAUCCCUGCAUGUCCCCUCCUGGGCCAGUGUGAACCCGAGGGUCGGUGCCUGUCUGCAGCCCAGUGUCCAUUCUGUCACAUGCCCCAGGAAGCCACUGACACUGCUAACAAUAAAGAGGUCACUGGUA